AUGACGAAUGCGGGAAGUCUAGCAUGCCUCUCACUGGCAAUCAUUGGUAUCCUCUAUGAAGUCAAUAUCAUGCUCCCAUAUCCUCGACGCUGGACCGAAAAAUCGAUCCUUGGCAUUACUCAUUUAACCAACACAGCCGGUAUCGCACUAGCCACAUACGGAGGGUCCCCAAGCGCGACUGCGGCGGGAGGUGUCGCCGCCCAAAAUCUCAAUCAAAUUGGCAAUUGUCUGAUGCUUUUCGUCAUCUUUGUGAUGUGCUGGUGGAUUUGGCCAACAUGGAAGCGCUCUUCAGCACUCGGCCCCAAUCAUCCGAUCACAAGGCCCGCCAGGCUUAUGAUAUUCUCUGCCGCCGCUGCGAUCCCUUUUCAACUUGUGCGCCUGGCGUAUAACACAACUUAUGCUUUCGACCAUUUGCCUCUUCUGGACCCGAUAAUGGGUUCGUUCGCCGUCCGACUCAUUCUACUCUUCUUCAUGCAGCUGGGUGUCUCGCUUGCGCUGAUAGCUGGGGGCUGGUCCAGUAUGCCACCCCACACAAAGUUUGUAGUGGCAGAAGACAUGACAGAGCUCCAGCAAUUUCAAAGUUCGACUGUGCUCGCGGCUUGA